GGCUCCAGUAUUCAUAUUAGUGAUUUUGUCUGUGAAUCUAUUGGGCAUCUCAAACUUUCAGACUAUGAAAUUAGUAUAAAUGACUUACUUCCUGAUUCCAUGCAUCUCAAAUAUACCAAAGCAGGUAUUGCUAUCUAUCCAGGCAUAAAUUGUAAUGGUUGGUGGAUAUGCGAUGAUUUAGUUAAUCAAGUAGUUGAAUAUGCUAUACCAAUAUUUGAACAAACACACCCCAACAAGAUAGCUCUAUUUAUGUUUGAUAAUAGUAGCAAUUAUGGUUCAUUUGCUGAAGAUACCCUUUUGGUCUUACAAAUGGGUAUGAAAGAUGGUACAAAAAAACUACUUCUUCGUGAUGAUACAAUGCCUGAUGGUUCCAAGCAUAUAAUGAUCUAUAUAGACAAUGCUAAUGUAGAAAGGCCUAAGGGAAUUAAACAGGUUCUUGAAGAAAAAGCUCAAUCUGACUUUGCAGCUCAAAGAUCAUGCAUAUUAAAUAACUUUGCUUGCUGUUCUGAACAAUUUAUAAAUGCUUAUGAACUUGGACUUUCUGGAAAGGCUGCUGACUUUGCAGUAAAGAAGUAUUGUUCUUAUCAUCGAAUUUCAGAACAAGUUCUUGAAGAAUUCGCUUAUGAUUAA